AUGUCUUUAAAACGUAUUAACAAGGAAUUAGCAGAUUUGGGGAGGGAUCCACCGUCUUCUUGUUCUGCUGGACCCGUAGGGGAUGAUUUGUAUCACUGGCAGGCGUCGAUUAUGGGACCGCCAGAUUCACCUUAUGCUGGCGGGGUAUUCUUCUUGUCUAUCCAUUUCCCAACGGACUAUCCAUUUAAGCCACCUAAGAUUGCUUUCACAACAAAGAUUUACCAUCCAAAUAUUAAUGGUAACGGAAACAUUUGUUUGGACAUUUUGAAAGAUCAGUGGUCUCCUGCCUUGACCAUUUCGAAAGUCUUGUUAUCAAUCUGUUCUUUAUUGACCGAUGCGAAUCCUGAUGAUCCGCUUGUACCUGAGAUCGCUCAUAUUUACAAGCAAGACAGGUCUAAAUAUGAAGCUACAGCUAAAGAAUGGACCAAGAAAUAUGCUGUUUGA